GAUUCGCAACAGUUCAGUUUUUUUUUUAAGAAACUUGAAUUUUAAAAGCUUUUCGCUCUGACCGGAUGAGCGCGAGUGGGCGGGCAGAUGACGUACUUCCUUUGGCGCGCUAUGUGAAAUUCAAAGCUGCGGCUCCAACCGUUCAGGAUGUCGUGCGAUUUUAUUGUUCCGGUUUGUUUGGAUGAUCUCGUUAAGUCUGGAGCUGUUAACCAGUAUGUGGUUCAGGAUGUGUUGUCUGUUAAACAGCUCCCCUCUCACCUCAACAGUUUUAAAGCAGCACUCAGAAGUCAAGGGCCACUGUGUAUCCUGGAACAUUUUGACACAGCAUACAGUGUGCUAAAACAUUGUCGUACAGUUGAUGUGGCGGUCAAAGAAGAUGCUCUAGAACUGCUUAUUCAAGUGGUUCAAAGCCUGUCCGUCUCUCUGCCGACCAUCCUUCUGUCCGGCUCUUUGUCAGCUACGGACCGCAAACAACAGCUCAAUGCUGUGAAGAUGAGCGUUUUUCUCCUUUGCAAGCUCACAGAGAACCUUGAGAGUGACUCUUAUAGGGAGACAAUUGUGACGGCACCCAGCAAGGGUCGUAAGAAGGAUAAGGCUGCUGGGAAAGGUCUUCUGCAGUGGGAAAGUGAGAGAGAGACGGUUCUUCAGUGUUUGACUCAACUGCUGCAGCUGGACAUUCGGACGCUGUGGAGUCUGUCUCUUGUUGAGGAGGAGUUUGUAAGCUGUGUUACAUGCUGUUGCUAUAAACUCCUGGAAAAUCCCACCAUAAGCCACGUGAAGAGCAAAUCCACUAGAGAUGCCAUCAUCCAUGUGCUAGGAAUCAUGGUGAAGAAAUACAACCACAUGUUGGGUGCGUGUGUGAAAGUGAUUCAGCUCCUGCAACAUUUUGAGCAGCUGGCAUCAGUGUGUGCUCAGGCUGUGGCUGCCUGGAGCUCAGAAUAUGGAGUUAAGUCUAUCGUUGGAGAGAUCAUGAGAGAAAUCGGUCAGAAGUCGAGCGAGGAGCUGGCAAGAGAAGGUUCAGGUGUGAAGGCCUUCUCAAGCUUCCUGUCCGAACUUAGCACUCUGGUACCUGAAGCCAUGAUCCCAAACAUCAGUGUUCUGCUGACACACCUGGAGGGAGAGAGUCCGAGUUUACGUGUGGCCGUGUGCGAGGUUCUGGGUGAGGUGUUGGUUCGGGUUCUGACCGGCGAUAAGCUUGACGAUUCGGCUCGUGGGGAUCGAGAUCGAUUCCUGGACACGCUGCAGGAGCACAUCCACGACGCUCACUCCCAUGUCAGAGCUCGAGUGUUGCAGGUCUACGCGCGUAUCGUCAACAGCAAGGCCUUGCCGCUGUGCAGGUACACUGAAGUUAUGGAGCUGACCGUCGGUCGCCUUGGUGAUAAAUCUGUCCAUGUGUGUAAGAGUGCCAUCCAGCUGCUGGCUGCCUUCAUUGCCCACAAUCCUUACAGCUGCAAGUUGAGCAGUCUGGACCUUAAGAAGCCGCUGGAAAAGGAGACGGCUAAACUUAAAGAGAUGAGAGAAACAUUGAGAGAACCAGAGCCGGUCGCAGUGAUCACUGCAGCUGAUCUUUGGGAUGCUAUGAAGCCUGAGGUGGAAAUGACAGUGAAAGCUCAACUAGAGCCAAGCAGUGAGGAAGAGAGAGAGGAUGAUGAUGAUAAAGAAGAGGCAGGUGGAGAGGAAGAAAGAAGCGACAGAGAAACCGCUGUCCAAAUAGCACAGUUUCUCAGAGACAACAAAUACAGACAGGCAGUUGGUCUGUGCAUGCGGGCUUACUCUCGGUUUCCAGACUCUCCCUUCUUCUCGGCUUUGGCUGACCUAAACGCAGAAACCCUCAUUAACACGCUUGCAUCACUUUUUAAGGGUCCAGAACAUGAAACACCCGAGGCUGGUGCAAGUGAUGCUCCACCCACCCCAGAGAAAGAAGUAAAUGAGGGGAAAGAAAGUGAACUAAAGAAGCAGGAGAUGUUGGUUCAAUAUCUGAAAGACACAGAGAGCUUUGCCUUACAGGUGGAAAGAGCAAUCGCUGUCAUUAACAACAUGCUAUACUGGAAAACUACUACAGUUGUACAGGAGGCGGUGCAAUUUUGUGUCGCAGCUUUUGAAUUUAGCGUGGCUGACUCUGUGUGCGGGGUGAGAAAGAUGCUGCCGCUGGUCUGGUCCACUGAUGUCGCCGUCAAAGAUGCUGUCAUUCAAGCCUACAGACGCAUGUAUCUCAACCCACACGGUGACAAUACCAGGGCAAAGGCUCAGACUCUAGUGGACAGUCUGUCGGAGCUGAUGGUCGAUGCUUCAUUGGGCACCAUUCAGUGUCUGGAGGAAAUUGUGCAAGAGUUUUUCAGCACUGAGAGCGCCCUGCAGACGUCAGUAAUCCAGGUUUUGUGGGAGAGGUUUUCCGGUAAACGAGAGGUAUCGGCACUUCACAGGAGAGCUGCGGUCCUUUUGCUGGGCAUGGCGGCACGUGCGGAGAGGGAGGUGGUUCUCAGUAAUUUGGACACGCUUUGCUCUGUCGCUCUUGGAGAGAAGGUCGCAGAAGAUUAUCUCCUAGCUCGGGACACACUGGUCACCAUCGCUAAUAUAACCGACCACGUGAGGCAAUCCAAAGGUGCCCCCUUCAGGCUUCCUGUGGACCACCAUCUUUUCAGCUGUCUGUCACAGGCCAUUGCUGAUGGAGUGGUACAGUCAGACCCCCAUUGGCAGGCCUUCAUGGAACAAGCUGUCCGUCUCAUCUACUUCCUGGCUGAAUCUCCUGAUCAGCUGUGUUCCCGCCUCCUCCAGCGGUCUGCUCGCCUCUUAUUGGAGCAAGUGACAGAGGGCGGAGAGCCCAAUCAAUCACAAGUGCAGGAAGCUGGGUCUCAGGGCAAUGAAGAGCAAGUGAAUUGUGUGAGUCUGGCCCAGGUGUUGUCCCUCUGCGGAGCUGUGGCCUUCUGGCAGGUAUCUCACCUCGAGAGAAGCGUCAGCUCGGAGCUACGCAGAAGAAGAGGAGAGAAAGAAGAAAAGGAGGAGAAAGAGAAGGCACCUGCCAACAAGACAAAGGAGGCUAAUGACAGUUGCGUGGAGGAGGAACUCGGGCUGGUGGGCGCCUCUGCUGAGGACACGGAGGCGGAGUUCAUACGCAAGAUCUGUGAGACUGAAUUACUUGCCGAUGGGAACAUGCUGAGUGCAUUCCUGCCCCUGCUGGUGAAGGUUUGCAGCUCUCCGGGCAGAUAUUCUCAUCCUCAACUCACCACCGCCGCCUGUCUGGCUCUUUCUCAGUAUAUGAUGAUCAGUCCAGCUGUUUGUAACGACAACAUCCGUCUGCUGUUCACCGUGCUGGAGAAAUCUUCACUUCCAGUCGUAAGGGCCAACACCAUCGUUGCUCUUGGUGACCUAACAGUCCGCUUCCCCAACAUCCUAGAGCCGUGGACACCUAACCUUUAUGCCAGGCUGGGUGAUGAGAACGCAUCCGUGCGUCUGACCGCCAUCACAGUUCUGACCCAGCUGGUGCUAAAGGAUGUGAUGAAGGUCAAAGGUCAGGUCAGUGAGGUAGCGGUGCUGCUGCUGGACCCUGAGCCGCACAUCGCCAGCCUGGCUCUGAAUUUCUUCAAUGAGCUCUCCGCAAAGGACAACGCCAUCUAUAACCUGCUGCCGGACAUCAUCAGCCGAUUAUCCGAUCCAGAGAGAGGGAUGAAUGAGGAGAAUUUCAACACCAUCAUGAAGCAACUCUUCUCCUACAUCACUAAAGAGAGACAGACAGAAAGUUUAGUGGAGAAGCUCUGCCAGCGGUUCAGGACUGCAAAGACGGAGCGUCAAUGGGCAGAUCUGGCCGUGUCUCUGUCUCUCUUGUCGGUGUGUGAGCGAGGUUUUAAGAAGCUGCAGGAAUGCUGGGAUUGUUACAGUGAUAAACUCACUGAGUCGGGAGUCUAUCAACCCCUCCUGUCCAUCAUGGCCAAACUCCGUCGCAGAGCAAAACCACAGUUUAAGUCGCAGGUUGAGGACUUUGAAAAACGAUUGACGGCCGUUCACACGAAAGGGCUGGAGAACGUUGAGGGUGAAGAGAGGGAACAGCCGACAGAAGACACGCAGAGCCAAAACAUGCAAACACCACAAACACACAAAAAACGAAAAACCACACGAGGACGCGGUAAACCCAAGUUAGAUGACACUGAUCUUGUGACCCCGAAAACAACUCGUUCACGUCCUAAGCCUGUCAUUACCUUCACCAGUGAUGAAGAUGAGCAGGAAGAUGAUGCUGUCAUGGCUGAGAGUGAAACUCCUAAAGUAACAACGCCCAUUGCCCGCACACGACGCACUCGACUCAGACACUGAGCACUCUUUAUUUGUUUUUGUCAACUUUUAUCUCCUUGUUUUUAUGCAUAUAUCAUUUAAUCUGAUUUUAGACAGAAAACCUCUGUGACUGUUGUUGUCAUUUUAUAAAUGUUUUAUUUUCCUUAUUGUGUAUUUGUUUUUUAAUAAAAGAGGUUUUGAACCAUAA